AUGUCCUUCAAAACUCCAUCAGAAAUCUGGGUCACCUCGCGCCAAAUUCCCAAGUGGGAAAGGAUCCCAAACACCUCAAUACAAUCAAAGCCCCUCAUGAUAUAUCACAAGGCAUUCAGUGCAUCUCCCAACCAGCUCACCGCGCACUUGGAGGAGGUUGGAGAGGUUACUCCCCAAUGGGUUUAUAGCAUGUAUAGCCAGACACACUUCCAUAGCACGACCCAUGAAGUCCUGGGGGUUGUCUCAGGACGUGCACGUCUCUGCUUCGGCGGGGAAGACAAUCCGAAUCGACUCGAAACGGACGUCGAAAAGGGCGAUCUGAUCAUCGUCCCGGCAGGUGUUGGCCACCGCUUGUUGGAUGAGCUCGACACUGAAGAGGAGCGGUUCAAGAUGGUGGGUGCAUAUCCGAAGCAGAAGCAAUGGGACAUGUGUUAUGGACAGUCAGGAGAGGAAGACAAGGUCAAGGGCAUCAAAGACUUGGGCUGGUUCCAUAAAGACCCUCUAUUUGGAGACGAUGGCCCUGUGUUGCAUGUCUAA